UCGCAUGUCAUGCCUCCCAGUGGCGUUAACGCAGCUCUCCCAGUGUCUAUUGAAAAGAACCGCCCACAUCUCAAAUCCUCCGUGGACACUGUUGACAACCCUCCAGCAGAUGUCACACCUUCCAGCUCCACUGCCCCUUGUGCCUCACCGCCUCAACACCACACCAGCCUGCCACUAAGAUCUGGCAAUCACUAAACUUGAAGCGUGAGCUGACCGUCUGAAAACGUAUGAGAAAUGGUCCAUCUUGUUCAGGACCCACAUUCUCUGUCAGCUGCUGGCUUUUACUACAAGAACCAGGGUGAUGUGGUUCAGUGUGCCUUUUGUGGAGUUCAGGUGGGACACUGGGAGGAAAGAGAUGACCCCUUCACAGAUCAUCAGCGCUGGGCCCCAUUCUGUGGGUUUGUUAGAGGGUUGCCAGUUGGAAACAUUCCCAUCAAUUCUGAUGGCCACCCUGAGAAACAAGAGAGUCGUGACUAUGUCUGUGGACCAUCCCUGGAGUUUAGGCCGAAUUCUGGCUCGGAGCAAGCUGUCAGCAGUGGGGUGCAUCACAACCUUUUGACACCAGAGGAGCUGCAGAAGCAUGGCAUCAACCAGAGCUGUGGCCCAAUGCACCCAUCUCACAACACAUGAUCACGUGUACGGUCAUAUGAGAACUGGCCUCGCUCCCUCAAACAGAAGCCAGACAAACUGAGUCAGUCAGGUUUCUAUUACACGGGUAAGGGAGACCAAACAGUAUGUUUCAUCUGCGGUGGAAGACUCAAAGACUGGGAGGAGAUGGAUGAUCCAUGGGUUGAACAUGCAGUGUUGUUUCCCAAGUGUAUGUAUGUUGUGCUGAACAAGGGGCGGGAAUUCAUUCAAGAAUGUCGUUAGCCAAAGGAAGCUAAUGUUCCAGUCCAGGUGAGUAUCUGGGAAAAUGUUUGUUUUAAGGAAAUCAGUAAUGGCUACUUGCUUCUGAGCCACCUCCGUUUUCUCUGUGGCAAGGUAAUGCCAAUAUUUGAACAGUGGUAUGCCUGUAGUAUCAACUGAGUACAUAAAAUAUAUGAAAGAUUCAUGGUAGGGGUGUAUUAUUCAUUCUGCUACGUGCAGACCUGGCUGUUGAUGAAAUUGAGUGUUCCGACAUGGCACGUCCGAUAACUGUAGGUGGGUUAAUUGGGACUCUACUGUAGUUUGUUGUGUUUGCAGUAUGGUUUUGCAUAGCAUCUUGUAAUUGGCUCAUUCUGCAUAAUUUACUUCAAAAUUUCUAUUCUUAUUUGCAGAACCGGUGUAUGAAGCUGCAUAUUUAUGUUUGUCACACCAAACUUGACAUGUGUCAGCAUAAGAGUAUUUGUGUUGACGUAAAUACGUCUAUAUUUUCAGGUCAGUGUCAUUCCGCAAAAAGUGAAACGAAAAAGUGAAACUGCAUUGUUAUGUUACCUUGGAAACUUCAAUUGUUUACUCGGCAUUAUUGG